UACAGCCUAUUUAUAACGUUCCCUCUGCCGGCUCCCCUCGUACUGCAGUUCCUUGGAACCACCUUUCCCUCCACUCUACUCCACGGGUCUCCAGUCUCCUCUGUCUCCUGUCAUCUGAGAAUCUCUCCGGCAGCUUAUCUAGGGUUCACUGUUUAUCCUGCGCAGCCUGGCAACUGUCCGCAUGCCCAGGAUUAUUACUGGAGCCCCCUUUCAACACAACCACGGACACAGACACAACUUUUUUUGAUCGAACUCUUAUCAAGGAGACACAUUUGGGGGCCGUGUGUUUGCAUGCGAUGGAUCACACACUCUUUGACUGCCUCCGCAGCCGCCAUGGCACUGUGCAGGCCCUGCACCCUGCCUUCACCCAGUCUCCGUUGACUCUCCACGGACGCUCGGACCACGUCUCCUACCCUGACCUGGCCUCUUCCACCGCCACCUCCUCCCCUUCGGCCUGCAUCAUCUCCGGCUAUCCCGGUGACGAGGGCCUGUUCGGCGGGCAGCACCACCAUCACCGCGGGCAUCACCCGGCACAGCAGCAGCAGCAUCACCCGCCUCAGCAUCAGGCCGUCUGGCAUAUUCCACAGAUGCCCUCUCCUGGCAGUGCCAGCUCCCGCCACAACCUCUGCCUCCCCCACCCCCACUCCCACUCGGCCCAGGACAGUGCCCUCGCACCCCCAGACCUAGGCACCCCUGGCAUGAACAGUCUGUGUGCCAGCACCCCCACGGAGGCCAACUGUGUGCCUGCAGACUUUGGAAGACAGACACUGUCACCUGCUGAGGCAGAGAAGAGAAAUAGCAAAAGGAAAAGUGACAGCUCAGAGUCCCAAGACGGGAAUUACAAGUCAGAUGUGAGCAGCAAACCCAGGAAGGAGCGGACGGCGUUCACCAAGGAGCAGAUCCGUGAGCUGGAGGCCGAGUUCGCCCAUCACAACUAUCUGACGAGACUGAGGCGCUACGAGAUAGCAGUCAACCUCGAUCUCACCGAGAGACAAGUAAAGGUGUGGUUCCAGAACAGGAGGAUGAAGUGGAAACGAGUGAAAGGAGGUCAACAGGGGGCUGUAGCGAGGGAAAAAGAACUGGUGAACGUGAAAAAGGGGACAUUGCUGCCGUCCGAAUUCUCCGGCAUAGCGGCUCUUCAUCACUCCACAGACUCCCUGGCCAAUGAGGACAGUCACGACAGCGACCAGAGUUCCGAGCACGCUCACUUAUGAUGCACAGCAGCAGGCCACGCCUCCUCAAAGUGUGCUCAGCGUCACAUCUCAGGAACGUCCUUAAAAGGACAUGUUAUCUGGUUGUCGUUAGCAGAGUUCAACGAUGCUAAAUAAAUGUGUACAAAUGUACAAAGAAAUGACGUGUGUUACUUGAUCUAAGAAGAUACAUGUUAAGGACAUUGGUUAAACCAAAACUAAGAUCACCAAUAAGUUUAAAGAACUGCGAACCCAACGCGGGAAUAUGAGAUAUUGCAAAAGGUCAAUGCACAUUAAGGUACGUUACGAAUGUGCCUCCACUCAACGCUCUGUUCUUGGAAGCAGAAAAUAUUCUUAGAAUAUUAGGACAAAUUCAGAUUCAGAAUUGGCCGAAUUGUUAUGAACAUUCCAUGUUGUGUGUCUUGCAUUGAAAAAGGGGCAAGUUUAUGCUUUUGAUUUGCACUGUUGAACACUUGCCUCAAUUGGUUUCUACUGUAUGUCAUAUAAAUUGCGAUGUAAUCAAAUUAUUGAUUAAAUCAAGUGUGCAGGAGAAUCAAAUUUGCUCAGCUAAUAUACAGUAUACUCUGAACUUAAUUAUCUGUAUUUUUCUUACCUUUGCUCUAGCAAUAAUUUCUUACACACACUAUACCACUCACACAGUAAUAAACAUUUCUGACUUUUCUUAGCGGCCAUUUUCUUCUGCCUGAAUGAUUUUUGUAAACAAAACUGACAUGAAUAUCUCAUGAACAGAGGUUCUACUGAAAUGCUUCUCAGAUCAAAUAAAUUAAACCAGAGGUAAAUGGAAUUCAUGUUGGGUUGAAUAACUUCACGAUGCCUCCCAUCCACAUGAAUCCAGGGUAAUGUAUGACUAUGCUGUGAACUGAGCUGCCAUGAAUUAAACAUUAGCCAACAUGUAGAGAGCUGUUGAUGGGGUGCAUGCCUAAUUCACCUUUUCCUCAGGGCAGGGUCAGGACUCAGGACUUCUGCCAAAGCCCCACUGGAGAACCUGCGAAAGGAUCAUAUUAUAUUACAAAAUCAUUGAAUAAUUUCAAGACUUGAUCUCCUCUUUCACCACAAUGUGAGUGUGCAUUCUAAUUUGGAGCUAGAACAGUAUUUAGUGCAAGCUAGCAAUAAAGUGUAGUUUUGACCAAAAGCUAAAUGAAACACUUGUGUGUGGUAAACAUGAUGAAACAGUAUGAAUUCAUUAUAAUCAUACUGUACCUAUUAAA